AUGAAAAGCGGAAAUGUGUAUGUGAAAGGGUAUAGCAAAUACUUUUUUAUCUUCCCCUUUAGUGAUUUGAGCUCAGUGCAAGUGAAUUCAGAAAAUGUGUGAUCGGUAGAAGGAGAUACAUUUGAUCGAAGUAGAACAAUUUUUGUAAUUAAGAAAUUGUGCACUCGUUUUGAAUUUGAACAGUUGGACAUUUUUCUGGAUUAGAGGACUCGUGAGUUUAAUUGAAGAUUUUUUGCCGCUGUCAAGAUGAUGCAGGAGCAUAAGUCGUUUUUGAUUCGUGAUCUUUUGGGUGACGUUCUCCUCGAUCGUGUACAAGAUGAUUCAGAGGACGACUCAGCACUUCACUCAGAUUCUGAGGAUACGAUUGACCCAGGAAGUAGUCCUUGCACACGGAUUGAAAGUCCUACACCUGUUUUAACACCCUCACCUGGAUCAGUAAAUUCUGGAAAAAUGUGCAUUACACCUGGAGGAGCCUCCAGUGGUCGGAAACCAAGAAGAAGGCGAACUGCCUUUACCCAUGCACAGCUUGCUUAUUUGGAAAGGAAAUUUCGUUGUCAGAAAUACCUUAGCGUCGCUGACAGAAGCGACGUUGCUGACGCACUUUCUUUGUCGGAAACCCAGGUGAAAACCUGGUACCAGAAUAGAAGGACAAAGUGGAAGAGACAGAAUCAGUUACGCUUGGAACAACUUCGUCAUCAAGCGACGGUGGAAAAGGAACUUCUUGUUCGUGGUGUGGGUCUCCAUCAUGGCAGUUUAGACGCGUACUGUCCUCCAUAUUCUCAAAGCCAAGCAUCUUCUCAUCAACCACCACCACCCCCGCCACCCGUCCCCACAACUGCCUCCACAGCUGCAUUUUUAUCAACAGCUGCAGCUCUUUUCCGUAAUGUUACAUACGUCCAUGGUUGCCCCCUUUAACCCAACCAGAACAUGCUGUUUGAAAACAGUCAUUACACUUUAUAGAAUUUUCUGAUACUUCAAUCUAUAUUUCACAAUAAUAAAAUAAUAUUUUGUCGGCGGGCAUCUUAUUCUGAAAUCUGAAUUAAAUCAUAGGUUGCAAGAUUACAGUUUGUGAAAUGAAAUUUGUACAUAUAGGAAAGUCGUGAUUUUCUAUAAGGAUUAAAAGAUAAAAGAAAAUUUACAGAGUUUAUAUGAUUUAAAAAUAAUUUCGCAUUUGUAAAAUUUAUUUUCUGCUUU